AGAGAGAGAGAGAGGAAGCGGAGCGCGAGGGGGGAGGGCGGGGGGAAAGGGGAGAUGCCCGCGGCUCAGAGCCCACUAGAUCCGGGAGCUGAUUGGGUCCCUGUCGCAGGAUCUCCCGCAGGCACAGCUACCAGGAAACUGGAGUAUUAAGCUGCACCCAUGGAAGGAAAGGGGCCUUAUCGUAUCUAUGACCCGGGUGGGGGAACGGAAAAGGGAGCAUCUGCUGCCUUUGAACGGCUGGUGGAGGAAAAUACCCGGCUGAAGGAGAAGAUGCAGGGAAUUAAGUCUCUAGGUAACGGGGAUCUGUUGGAAGAGUCUCAGUUAGAAGCCUCCAGGCUGCGUCAGAAAGUGGAGGACCUAGUGAAGGACAACGAAAUGCUAAGGUCCACCUCCUCUCUUGACAAACUUGCGGAAAUGGCAGGAGGAAUCCCAGAUCUUUGCUCUUCCUCAGAGGUUCCAGGUGAAGAUCAGAAGGAGAUGGAUAAACCCACACAGAAGCCACCCAGCAGUGGAUCUUCAUCUGAGUUUGAAAUCGUUGGAGCUGAAGAUAAAAGGUCUUCCCAAGGAAGCCCCGGGAAAUCGGACAUUGAGCCACUUCAGAACGAGGACGGCAACCUGAUGCUGCACCUCCAGCGCUUGGAGAACACGCUGAGUCUCUUUGCUGAGGAGUCGGACAAAACGCAGCUCUUUGCCCACCUGGGGCGCAUGGCUCUGGAGUUCAACCGGCUGGCCUCCAAGGUGCACAAGAACGAGCAGAGAACAUCCAUCCUUCAGGUUCGAAGGCUGCUGGCCUUGUGUGAGGAGCUGCGGAACGAGAAUGAGGAGCUGAGGGCAAAGUUGGAGAAGGAACUAGAGCAAAGGAACCAGGUUUCAGAGAAGCUGAGGUGUGAGAAUCUGGAGCUCAGGAAGAUGGUGAUGAUGGGCAGCAAAGAAGGAGUCAAGGCGGAAGGCGUAGAAUGUGCUGGACUGCAACAGAAGGGGGCCUCAGAGGAGAAAGCCAUGGGGAAAAGCAUGUUGGGGUCAAGUGAGAAGAAAGUGAAGAUCCUCGAGCACCAACGCAACGAGCUGCUGGAGGUAAAUAAGCAGUGGGAUCAUCAUUUCCGGUCCAUGAAGCAGCAGUACGAGCAGAAGAUAACAGAUCUACGGCAGAAGCUUGCUGACUCCCAGAAAGCCCUGGGGGAGCUGGAGGCAGAACGAGAGCAGAAGCAGAGGGAUUUUGACCGUAAGCUCCUGCUGGCUAAAUCCAAGAUUGAAGAGGAGGAGGCAGAAAAGGAGAGACUUGCCAGUGAGGUGAAAGACCUAAAACAGAGGGUGAAAUUCCUUCAGGAUCAGUUGGCUCCAGUCACCAGGCAAAGGGAGUACCAGGAGAAGGAGAUUUUACGGCUUAAUAAGGCCUUAGAAGAGGCCCUGAACGUUCAAGCCUCUGCUCCUUCCCCUUCGGCCUUCAACAGCCCCAUUGAACCUGGAGCAUCUGUCCGGCAUCAGGAGGUGGUGACCCAGAAUGAGCUCCUAAAGCAACAGGUGAAGAUUUUUGAGGAGGACUUUCAGCGGGAGCGGAGCGACAGAGAAAGGAUGAACGAGGAGAAGGAGGAGCUGAAGCAGCAGCUGGAUAAGCUUCAGAAGCAGUUGGUGCUCACCAACAGCCAGAUGCAGAUUUUUAAAGAGGACUAUCGUAAAGAGAAGGAAGAGAAGGACAAGUUCAAGAAGCUGCUCAAGCAGCACAAACAGCAUUCUGGUGACAGGCUUCAUCCAGAGCCGCAGCCAGGACCGGUGGCCCCAGUCUGCCCCAUGUACCAGUUCCAGUGCCCCACUCCAGUCCAGCCCCACAUGUAUCAUGGUUAUGAGGAGUGGCAGCAGAUCCGUUACCCACCAGCAGCAAUGCCAAAUGAGCGUCCUCCGGUUCAGAACUACCACCGAUUCCCUCCUCCUGAAUAUACCUGGUAUCCACCAUGUGUUAUUUCACAAAAUCAGAACGCACAAGCGCCAGAUGGUGGGAAACAACUCCCCAAGGAAUCGGACCCUACAGGCCUUGGGUUACCUAAAAACCAAAGGCCCGCCUAACUCUAUGGCCAUGUGCAAGAGCAUAAGAAAUGGAGUUGUGAUAUAAGCAUGUGAGUCUGCAUGUACAGAUAAAAGCCUCCUUGUGCUCCCAGGACACUAUUCACAUUUAUCUGUGUACAUGGAAUACAUGUACACUUGGAUGCUUGAGCUAACAGCAGCUUUAGCAGGAAUUUCUGAAGACGUAUGGAAGAUACUGCCAAGGAGUGACAGUGGCUCAGUGUUACGGGGAAAACCUCUGGAAAUAACUACCUGGGUCUCCCUCUCACUCACACUCAGCAUUUGGAUGAAUAACUCUUUCUGACCUCAAGGAUUCAACAGCCAUGGAUCUGCUAUCAGAUUCCAGUGGCAAACACUGGCAGCCCUGUGUCAACAGAACCUAUAUCUAGCUGAUUCCCCCUGUGAUGUGACAGCUUUACAUUUACAGCAUCUGAAUUUGGUGUCAGCGGAAACAUUCUAUGUGCAAAAUGACUUUUGCAGAGCAGCUGUUGUGGUCAAUGCCUGGACAGGUUACAGACACUGAAUUUUUGCAAGGGGGUAGGGAGAAGGAGAAAUCCAAUCCCUGUAUAGUGUAUAGGAAGUAAAAUAUACUUUCCCCAUGCUGAAUAUAUUUUUUUUAAUUUGCAUGUCAAAUCCAGUGGUUUAGCCCAAGGAAACAUUCUGCUUCCACUGAGUUGUGCUGUUCAGCGUGGUUAAAACUAGUAUUUGUUUGUGUAUUGCGCCACACACUCAGUUUAUGCAUAGACCUUAAUUUACCCUCCUCUUAGCAUCUGCAGCUUCCUGCAUUGUUUUCCUGAGCCUGAAACUCUGUCCCUGUCCCUUUUGGAUCCCACAGUAUGAAAUCGAACCCAUUAGUCUCAAUGUAAAUGUGGUCUGCAAACAGGCUAGCAGGUGUUGCUGCACAGCUUCUCUCUCUCAACUCUUGAAGACAGCUUGCUGCUUCCAGUCUGAUCUAGCAAGGCAGUUUUUAAAUGAUUCCUGAUGGACUGGAUGUGUUAACGAGAAUAGCUAAUCUUUGGCUGCAAUCCACUUUCCUUGGCGUGAGUCCAUUUGAGGCCAGUGGGAUUCACUCCAGAAUAAGGUUGUGCUGUAAAUGUGGUAGUUUAGUUAAAAAAGCGAAGAAGAGUUGCACUCCUGGAGCAGGGCAAUAGUGACCAGCAAAGGCUUUUGAGGAAUAUGUGUUGCAUAAAAUCAAAGUUUAAAAACUCUGCUAUAAGUGGUACUUCUGAUGUUACCACUGUUUUACAUGAGUCGGAAGGAAUCACAGCUGUGUGACCACCGAUUGCAUGUGUUGUGGUCAGCUGUGUUACUUUUAAAAGAGCAUUGAUGGUAUAAUGAAACAGCUUGGAUGCAAUUGGGGCUCCGCUUUCUAUAGGCAUUCUGCACACUGGCUCGAUGUACGGUUUCUUCCCCAAUCUCCUCCCUCCUCCUCGCACAGAGGUUGGUUUCUCCAACAAAGCAGCAGCAUGCUUGUGGAAGUGGAGAGGCUUCAUUUUAAGAUGGGAGGGACCUUAGAAUGUGCAUGAAUGAAAGAUGAAAUACAGGGAAGGGAUGGCUGUUGCUUUUUAAGAGACAAAUUAAUUAUGAGGGUGCACCAUACGGUGAAUAGGUAGGAUGAAAAAGAAAAUAAGUGCAUAUAGAAAGUGGCUGAGUCAGAGUGUGCAAAGACUUUGGUCAGUAAGGUUUCCACUGUUCACUGUUCCUCAGCAUUAUAAUCCCUAAGGAAACAAAGGUGCCCUUUAUUUUGACAUUUCUGUAAAACCUACACUUGUUUCAACCACAGAUUGCUUUAAAAAAAACUGUUUUGAAAUGCUAAUCCAGCUAACCUAAUUGUCAUAAACAUUUCUUUCAAAGUGUGCUAUGCAAGAGGUGGUACAAAUGGCUUGUUACAUGCUGCUGUAAUAACUGGAAUACUCCAAUGUAGGGGUGUACCAGGGGUUGGCCAGGUUGGCUCUCGCCAAGGGUGCCGGCCCAGGGUGGCACCAAAAUCGUGCCCCUCCACUCUGGCUCUCUGCCCAUCGGCACGCUCUCUGGGCUGCCACUCCACUGCUUUGGGUGGCUGGACGAGGUGCACAGACUGCUCUGGGCACCUCUGCAGGUCCCCGUUGUGAGCUUGGAGGGAAGAAAGACAUGAGUUGCAAGAGGAGCGAAAAGGAAGGAAGCAGAAGAGGAAGCAGCGAGUGGAGGGUGGAAGAAAGGCAGGUAGGCAAACAGAGGGAUCAGUGGAGGAGGUGGUGGUAGGGAGGCUGAGCAAAGCGGACUCGACCCUGAUGGCCGCAAAGGAAGUCAAUAGUGGAGCGUGAAAGGCAAACUCUUUGAGUUUCUGGUCCAUGGUAUCUCCUGGCUUCAGAGGUGCCAAUAGAGCUCCUUGCCAGGGGUGCCGGGAACUUAGGUAUGCCUCUGCUCAAAUGGUUAAUGCCUGGGCUCAUUUGAAACUAGAAUUGGAUGUUUACAAAUAGUCAGCCAUCAAACUCUGCAGGGAAAACUCUUUCCUUGGGAAGUAACCAUAAAGGGUGGUCCUUUUUUCUUGUCCUCACAGAGGGAAAGAAUAACAAUUUACAAAAUGUUACAUUACAAGAUCAAUGCAUACCACCCCAAACAUAGAUGUUAUGGCGGGGGCACUUGUAACCCCCCUUUUCUUUCUGUCAUAGGAAAGAAAGAGGUGAAGGAAAGCCUGAUUAGAAUUUACUGUACACAUCACUCUAAAUAGUAACACCUAGUAUUUUUGCUUGCCGAUCUUCCUAUUGUAUAAAUGUUAGAGACAUUUUGUUUCGGCAAAAUGAUAUUAAUUAUAUAUAUUAAUUUUAUUCUAUUCCUAAUAAAGUGUGAUUUCCCCCCCAUGUGA